CCCCAUUACAUCUGCGCGGGUUCAAUUUCUGUCUAUGACGAUCCCUUGCAAUCUAUCUCCGGCCCUGACACAAACGACUGCUCCUUUACGUCAUCCGCUGCCCUCUGUAUUCCGCCCUGCAGCUUGUGAAUUGGGUCCGCCGUGUCCUAUUGUGGGGUUGAUUUGCGUCUCUCCUCAAUGAGUACACUUGGCCGUCAAAAGGUGUUGCCGAUCUGGUGUAGGAUGGGGCUACAGAGAUCAAUGGUCUCUUAAUUAUCCGCCAGCCCCCUAAUAUCAAAGGGGGUGUAGCUCAUUUGGCAGAGCGCGUCAUUAGCAUUCUUCAACGAGUGGAUUUGACGAGGUACUGAGUUCAAUUCUUAGCUCCUCCAUUUCUUUUUGUUUUUUUUUGUUCUGCAUCAGCUCACCCCGGAUACUACACUCUCCCUCAUUCAUUCAUUGAUAUAAAGCACAUAUGAAGCAUGACAUGAUCUCUAGGAGGCGUGACUUCAUUCGCGAUCGAGAGGUGCCUUUGCUGCUAUAUCACCGACGGCGUCGCCGACCACUGCUCCAAGUCCAAUACCAUCACUUUGCUCCAAUUCUCGCAAGUCCCAUGAUGAGCUCAGAUAUCGCCAUUCACCCACCAGGCUCAAUUCACCCUACCCUGACAGAAGGAGGCCCGGAAGGCUUCGACCGAUCUUGGUUCAUGGGCAAAUGGGGCAUUGCUUGGAGCACAUUACCGAUGUGGAAGGACAAAAAGGAUGUCACGCUCACCUACACGCCUUUGCCUGACGUUACUGGGGCGAUCAAGUUUCAAGAUCUACUAGAGUAUCGCAAACUCAACAGUGAGAAGGUGCACACGGUGAAGGGCGUUGACACCUUGACAUCGUCUGGACCCAAUGCGGCGACCUUUGAUUGGAAAGGAUCUGGCUGGCUCUUCUUUGUCCACUCGCACUGGGAAGUCCUCGGGUAUGGGUCGGAUGAAGCCUCGGGGCUGGAAUGGGCUGUGACAUUUUUUUCAAAGACACUCUUUUCUGCAGCAGGUAUCGAUGUCUAUGUGCGUAAGGCGGCCUCAUCGGCCACAAGUGGGGUUGCCGACGAGGCAGCCUGCCGGGCGCUAUUGCACCGAGUCGUACACGCUGUCCAGUCGGCCGGGGACGAAAAAGUCACGACGCUGGCUCAAGGAGGGUUUCCCGUUCAAGGCGCCAUGUAAGAAUCAUCUAUAACUUGUAGUGUAUCAUGCAUAUAUUAUUACUG